UAAAUGCUGCAAUGGCAUUGGUCAAAUACGUUUUGUCAUCAUAACGCAGUGAAUAAAAAAAAAGCGCAUACUCUUUUAUAUCAAAUUUUAUCUACAUCACGCUAGAUCGGCUGAGACUUUUGUUAUCCACGUAGAUUUUAAGCCUUUCAAGAUACUACGUAAAAUAUCACCAAUGUAGGACCAGAGCACGUAAUACUAAACUACCGAUACCUAACCUAGUUGCGAAUCGAAGUUCUACAUUUUGCGAAACGAAAACUACAAAAUGUAUCCGAGAAACUGCUUAGUUGUAUCCUGCCUGCUCUUGUUGCUGAUCACGUUUGUGCAAAACGCGCCAGCCAGUCAAACGAGUGUGCUUGAUAAGCUGAUUGAACUCACUCAGAACAAGUGCACUUAUUUACAAAACACAACACUUCUUCAAGUAAACACUCCAACGUUUCUUCAAAAAUGUGGCAGCUAUGAUGAAGCCCUCAAUGCAAACUUAACCCAGUGGCACAACAUUGAAAAAUUGCAUUGUUUGCUGUACUAUGAUACCUUUGAGCAGCUGUGUUUGAUUGAAAAUGGUGAGUUUGUGACCAAGUUAAUCAGUCCGGCAGCUAUUAAACUGGCUGACAAUGCAUCUGUGGAAAAUGUAUGCAAAGAUCUACGCGCUUUUUACACCAUAUAUAAUUUAAGUAAACCUGCAAGUAUAAUGUUAAAUAACCAUAUUUGUGAACGGAUUUGUAUAGAUUUGAAUUCUGAUGAUCAUUCGGUGAAAGCAUGCAGUUACUCUGCAUUGAUGGCAUUUGCCAAGUUACAGGUGAAUAACAUGACAAAAAAUGUUCAUAAACCAGCUGACACAGCAGCAAUUCAUCCAGUGGUUGUACCUAAACCUUCUAAUACAGUCACAGAUGCACCAAAACUUGUCCCCAAUAAGAAUAUAGAGAAGAAUACAAAGAACUCUCAAGAGGUGCAAGUUGCUGCAGUUAAUAAAGCUCCACAGUCAAAUGUUCAACAACUCAAAGUUGAACAGAAGAUUCAAUCAAAUUCUGACAGCUCCAUCAAACAGACGAAAACAAUGAAUCUGCAAACAAAUUGCCUCCUUCAGCUUCAGCAUCAGGCUCUCAAUCAGCGCCAGCUGUGGAAUCCUGUAAAACCAAGCGCUGCACCGAAACCCACUGAGAAUAUAAUGGAUACCGCGGAUAAAACGCCGCCGGGUAAAGUUACGAAGGCAACUCAAACACAGGUUGAGCCUCAAUUGCCUGAAGUUAAAGCUCCUCCACCUGUGGUUGAUGAACCGGAAGUAAAACAACCAGCCGAGAGCAACGUGGUGGUUGAUUCCAAGAUAGAGCCCAUUAAACCCGUUGAAAAAGAUGAUGAUGUGUAUGGCAAUCGAGUUGAAAUGGAUGACGAUGAUCCACCGUUUUCCGUUGGUGAUGAAGAACACCUUCCACCACUACCCAAAGAAAAACCGUUAAGUACUAAUGAAGACGAAGAUUUCAAUCGUAGCGUCACUAACGAUGAUCUGUCAACCAAUGAUUCGUACUUCUUUUCGUAUUUCAUGAUGUUUUGCAUUUUGUUUGUGAUGGGCUAUGUUGGGUAUCACAACAAACAAAAGGUCCUAGCUUUAGUCCUGGAAGGAAGACGCGGAAGAAGGCAGCCACGUCGUCGCCCGAACUCGGCCAACUAUCACAAGCUGGAUAGUAAUCUCGAAGAGGCGGUGACUUCGUCGUGCGACAAGACGACGUCGAACGUGAUUUACUAGUAUAAUUGAUGUACUUGUAUAUAUAUUAUGUGGUAAUGUUCAUUCCUGGUACCCGGCGCAAUAUGAAUUCAUUGAGGAGCGAAAUGCAUUUAAAGCAUUCAAAAUUGAUUUGAUUGUGUGAUAUAUAUUUUCGGUUCAUUUUUCGAAAGACGGACAAAACACUACUUAAUUUAUCUUUUCAUAUAUAUUAAUGUCAUGAUUCAUUUUUUCUUCAUAACCUCAAUGUUAUCGUUAGAAGUAUGUUUCUUUUUUAAUUUGAUGGCGAAAUUUGAAAAUAUAAUAUGAUUUAAGACUUCUUUA